AUGUCUCCCUGUCCUUCAGAAUCUAACUUAAAUGAAACCUCUGUAGAUCUUUAUGAGAAUUUCGGGUCGUAAAUGGAUGACAAACGUAGCUUUUAAUUGCAGCAGUAUCCCUCAUAUGUUGAUUCGGUGAGAUAUAGUAUCGGAACAGUUUACUUAAAAAAUGUCAGUGCUAGUAAAGAACUAAGUUUCGAUAAACAAAGACCUCAGUGGAAGCAAAGUAUGAUAGACUAAAAUUCAAUGAGAGUCACACUAUGUGAAGAUAGCAGAAGUCUUCCAAUAAGUAGAAGUAUCCUGAGUAGUGGCACAAUAAGUGAAUCAAUUAAUAACUAAACAGAUUCUAUAAGUUAAUAUUACCGGACUGUACUCUCUUAGAAAUAUCAGAAAAAGCAUAUUUCAGUAACUCAGGCUCAUAAUUCUCUGGAAAAUAGCUUAGAAAGGAAGCCUUAACUUUUGGCAAAGGCUUAGUUAGAAUGGUAAUAGAGAUCAUUAGAAUCUUAAAGGCUAUAUGCGCAAAUGGUUAAAUAAUAGGAGGGUAAAUAGAAAAUUCCAAAUAUGAUCAAAUUGUUAAUAGAGAAGAAUUACAAAGCGCUGAGUGCUGUUGAAAAUUUUGAGGAGCUAAAUAAAAAGGAUUAGUUAGGUCAUUCGCUUUUAGAUAUGAUUAUUUUGUAUGGCGAGUCACUGCAUAAUAAAAAAGUAAUGCUAAAAUAUUUCCUAGACAAAGGCGCAUCUAUACGAAGUAGACACAUAUAGAUGCUUAUUGCAGAUCAAGACUAGGAUUAAUAACUUAUAUUCAGAUUGCUUUGCUCAGCUCACUAUAAAAAGAAAAUUAAGCUUCUAAAAGAUUUUAUUAAGAAUGAGCUUCCGGCUCUUGAUUUCAGAGACAUUGAUAUAAAGAUAGAAAGAUCAAAUAUUAUUAAAGCUUUUGUUGGUGUCAAAUUUGAUCGAAUUCAAAUAAGAAGGAUUUUUACUCAGUAAUCAUAGGAUUUAUCAAUACUUUACUCAAAGAAUAAUUCUAAAAUACUAGAGAUAUAUAUCUAGCAAGAAACUUAGCAAAUAACAGUCAUCGACUACAUUAAGAAGUAGCAGAUGAACCUCUUAGAAUCAAUGGAUAUCCAGUUUAUAAAAGAGCUGAUGGAGAAGUUUGAUAUAUCAAACAGAUCAGUAAGAAAAUCAAUGAUGAAGACCUAAAAAAAGUGCAGUAUAUAAUACUACAAAGAUUUUAAAUUGUAUUACAGUCAGCUGCGAAAUCACAUAAAGGAGUGCCAAUUAUACAGCGAUUACAUAAACUAGCCAUUCAAGUAGUUUGUGGCUUAGCAUUUAGACAGAGAAUUUACUUGCAGUUUUUUAUAGAAAGGCGAGCAGGAGAUCACUAAGGAUGAAUUUAAGUUGUUUCAAUCAAUGGUAAAGCAUGGCCUCAUUUUUCUCUAUGGAUUCAAUUUCGAUCAGAAAUAGAUAACCAAAGAACUAUUUAAAAACUAUCUCAAAUAGCUUGAAUGGUGUGAGUUUUAGUUUGUAAAAGAAAUCACUAUAAGCCAGUUUUUCAAGGUUAAAAUAGACUUUGUCAGUAAUAAGACUUAGAGUAAUUUAGAGGGCUAGCUUUAAGCCUAAAUCAAUCAUGAUAGAGCAAAGUUCAAGGAAAUGCUAAAUAUAUUCACAAUAAGCAAUGGACUUAAAAACGAUUUAUUUAAUAUCCACCUGAAUUAUAUAUUCAAUAUUUGA